AUGAACAAGAAAGGAUUGGCCAUCCUCAUGCGAGCCAGAAUGAGGGCAGCAGCUGCAGACGGUUCUUCUUUUCCGGCGAGCACUAACAGCAAGCUCGCCCUUGCUGCCGCGCCUCUCCCUACGGCGAGGGAAGGAGAAGCAAUCCGAUCCCACGGAGAUGGCGAUCGUCUCUGUAAGCAACAGGGAAACGCUGCCGCUGCUUCACUUCCUCCUCAGAGAGAUCUGGAUGUCGUGCGAGAUGCAAUGCACUCCGCCAUAUCGUCGAACAAAACUGAACUUCUCGAUACCGUUCUUCGUGAUUUCUCCGAGGGUUACUUUGGCCUCUCUCGUGAUCACCGCCGCAGGCUGUUACUCAUCCUUGCUAAAGGGUAUGAUCUCAACCGCAACCAGGCUCGUGAACUCAUGAAACAGCAUCUGGGUCUCCAGCUUCCUGCUGGUGAUGGAGGUGAAUCUGAUUCCCCAAAAGAUGAAGCUAUGCUUUCUGCUUUCUAUCGCAUUGAAAGAAACCUCAGACAGGCUCUCAAGCCUGCCUACGAGGUCCUCUUUGAGAGACUCAACACCCACCCUGGUGGGUUGAGAUUCCUAUCCACCCUUCGUGCUGAUAUCUUGUCCAUUUUACAAGAUGAAAACAUUGCAUCCUUGCGGGCUUUAGACACCAGUUUGAAGGAGAAACUUACAACUUGGCUUAGUCCUGUCGCAUUAGAGCUUUACCAGAUUACUUGGGACGACCCUGCUUCUUUGCUUGAGAAAAUCGUGGCUUAUGAGGCUGUACAUCCUAUCAGCAAUCUUUUAGACCUCAAAAGACGACUGGGCGUUGGUCGUCGUUGUUUUGGAUAUAUACACCCUGCAAUACCUGGCGAGCCCCUUAUUUUCAUUGAAGUUGCACUCUUGAAGAAUGUGGCUCAAACAAUUCAGGAAGUUUUGUGGGAUGAUCCUCCUAUUCCAGAAUCUGAGGCUACAUGUGCAUUAUUUUAUUCCAUAUCAUCAACCCAGUCUGGCUUGGCAGGGAUAAACUUAGGGAAGUUUCUUAUAAAACGUGUGAUCACAUUGGUGAAAAGGGACAUGCCUCACAUUUCUACAUUUGCUACUCUGAGCCCUAUCCCAGGGUACAUGCAAUGGCUGCUGUGUAAGUUGGCAUCUCUGUCGCAGGCAUCAUCAGGUGUAUCUGAUUCCCCGUUUAUGGAGAGCGUGCUUGAACCAGAUGAAGAAAGGGCCCUCAUGAACUCCUCUGGAGAGACUUAUGCAGGAAAAAGUGGCGCAGAAGUGAUGUUGAGCAUGCUGACAUCAACCAACUAUGAUUGGGCUUCCAAUGCUGAAAUGCUUUCAGCAUUGAAACCGCCACUCAUGAGACUCUGUGCCAGGUACCUUUUGCAAGAGAAGAAGAGAGGCAAAGCCCUAGACUCUGUUGCAAACUUUCACUUGCAAAAUGGAGCGAUGAUUGAAAGAAUAAAUUGGAUGGCUGACCGAUCCGAGAAAGGUCUUCGUCAAAGUGGUGGGAUUAUGGUAAACUAUGUGUACAGGGUUGAGGAGAUUGAAGAGAAUGCUCAAGCAUAUUUCAGGGCUGGUCACAUACAGGCUUCUGAAGAUGUCAGUCGCUACAUUAAGGAACACGAUGUUAGAGGCUUGAAGGAGAAUGAUGGGGCAAAACCACUGUAA